AUGAUUGUUCAUAGGAUCUCUAAGAUCGGAAAAUCUCUGGAAGUAGAGAAAUAUGGCGGCUUAUCUAAGGAAGUCGCUCUUGCUUUAAAAAAGAUGUGCGAAAGCACAAAUAGCAAGAGCGCAAGGGCUAAAAGGAGUUAUGCCUUGACGAUAGUAGGCCAAUUGGAGUCUCUCUUAAAAUCCCCAAAAAUUUCUGAUGGUCUCAAGACUUAUAUACGGAGACUUCAAAAGCUAUUUCAAGAGCUUUUACAUUUAAAUUUUUUUAAUUUAAAUUAA